UUGGCCGGGGAAGGCGAGACGCCCUUUGGUACGCUGAUGAGGCCGAGGCUGCUUCGUCGAGAGUGGCUCGCGCGGCCAGGGGGCGUGGUCGUUUCUCUCGGCGGGCUCUUGUGGCGGCGGGCGGCGCUGGGAGGCCUGGGCCUGCGGACUCCAUCGACCCCGCCGUUGCGAAGGGCCGACGAGGAUGGCCGUCCCGGAAACCCGCCCCAAUCACACCAUCUACAUCAACAACCUCAAUGAGAAGAUCAAGAAGGAUGAGCUGAAGAAAUCCCUCUACGCCAUCUUCUCCCAGUUCGGCCAGAUCCUGGAUAUCCUGGUGUCUCGGAGCCUCAAGAUGCGGGGUCAAGCCUUCGUCAUCUUCAAGGAAAUCAGCAGCGCCACCAACGCCUUGAGGUCCAUGCAGGGGUUCCCCUUCUACGACAAGCCGAUGAGGAUCCAGUACGCCAAGUCGGACUCCGACAUCAUCUCGAAAAUGAAAGGCACCUACGUGGAGCGCGACCGCAAGCGGGAGAAGAGGAAGCCUAAAGGCCCGGAGACGCCCGUGGUCAAGAAACAAAUGCCUGGGGCCGCUGCUCCGGUGGCAGGCGCAGUGCAAGGAGCCGUCCCUGGGAUGCCGCCAAUGAACCAGGCCCCUCGCAUGAUGCACCACAUGGCAGGCCAGCCUCCAUACAUGCCCCCUCCGGGUAUGAUCCCCCCACCCGGUAUGACUCCAGGAGGAAUCGCGCCAGGGGCCAUGCCCCCUCAGCAGAUGAUGCCUGGCCAGAUGCCGCCUACCCAGCCGCUCUCUGAGAACCCACCCAAUCACAUCCUCUUCCUCACCAACCUGCCCGAGGAGACCAACGAGCUGAUGCUGUCCAUGCUCUUCAAUCAGUUCCCGGGGUUCAAGGAGGUGCGCCUGGUGCCCGGGCGGCACGACAUCGCUUUCGUGGAGUUUGAUAACGAGGUGCAGGCCGGAGCCGCCCGCGACGCCCUCCAGGGCUUCAAGAUCACACAGAGCAACGCCAUGAAGAUUUCCUUUGCCAAGAAGUGAAGACCCCACCCGGGCCCAGAACUGUCCCUCAGGCCCAGAACUGCCCCUCCCCACUCCCCCCAGUUAGUGUCUGAUUGAGCCAGGCCCCCCCCUGUUUUUUUACCAGUUCCCUGGAAGGUAAGUCUGUCCUCAGGGCCGGCCGGAUUUCCAGCCCCAAACUGCCCCCUUCCCCAGAGCCUUGUGAACUGACAGCGGGGAAGUGUCUGACUUGCGUCCCCCCCUGCACGCCGCGCUGCCUGGCUGCUCGGAGUGGGUAAGUGACUCUGGAGCGCCGCCAGCUGGUGAUCCCCGUGUCUGCGAUGAGCCUGGAGCUGGUUCGUGGCGGGAUGGUUGGUACAGGGGGGUGGGGACGGGGGCGGCUAGAGGCAGCGAAAACCCUCCGGAAGCAUUGUACCCAGAGUCUGCUGCUCAGACAUUGCACCUGGCGCUCUCUGUCCUGUAAUAAAAACUUUGUGACCUCCCUGUGA